CCACCUCUCCCUGACUGGCUUCCUCUGAGCUUUUUAGAUGUACAUAAUCCCUGAGUUGACCCAGAAAAUAGGCAGUCGUUUCAAGAUCUGAUGCGGCAGUCUUUGUGCGCACCGAGCAUGAAGCGCAGCCCCGAGGAAUACACUGUGUAAUCCCGAGGAGCUUCACGGAAAGUGUUUAAAGGACACGAUCGGACGACAAACUUUGUCAAACGCAUCGACAGGAGGCAUGGCAGACCAUCUGAUGAUGCCCAUGAAUCACAGCUCAGCAGGCGCCAGUCUCCACGGAUACAGGAUGGGCAUGAAUGGCGGCUUGCAGGCGGGUCACCAGCAGCAUGCCAACCAGCAGGGAAUGCGAGCGCUGCCCAAUGGCCAGAUGAUACACUACGGUGGCGCCCAGGCCAACAUGGAGACGGCCAUGAGGCAGCGGCAGGGGAUGGUGGCCGGGCCCGUGAACGGACAGCUGAAUGGGGCCCAGAUGGGUCACCACCAAAUGACCUCUGGUACCAUGAUGUACAACGGGCAGCCGCAGCAACAGCAGCAUCACCCUCAGCAGCAGCAGCAGCACCAUAUGCACCCUCAGCAGCACCAGCAGCAAGCCCAGCACCCGCAACAGUUCAUGAACGGAGGGCUAACGUCGCAGCAGCUCAUGGCCAGCAUGCAGUUACAAAAACUGAACACCCAAUACCACGGACAUCCACUGGGGCCUAUGGGUGGGAACCACAUGGGGCCCUCAGCUCAGUACCGUAUGAACCCAGCCCAGCUGGCUAACAUGCAACACAUGGCUGGGCCGGCUCUGGCUCUUAAUGGCAUGGACGCGGAUAUGAUAGACGAAGACGUUCUGACCUCGCUGGUCAUGGAGCUGGGCUUGGACCGAGUCCAGGAGUUGCCGGAACUCUUCUUGGGCCAAAAUGAGUUUGACUUCAUCUCGGACUUUGUCAGCAAACAGCAGCCAAGCACUGUUAGCUGCUGAGAGGAGCUGAUGUGGCAUGGAAUGGAGAGGAACUGGUGAGAAUUGUCCAGGAUGUAGAAAUUAUGUCGUCACUUUUUGAUUUUGUGAGGGCCUCCAGUUCCGGGUGCACAAAAGAGAACUCAGAUAUCCACAGUGCUCGAGUGUCAUGUGUCCUUUUGGCCAGCGGCUGGAUGGCUUCAUGCCUUCAUGCCUCACUCAACUUCUCAUUUCCUGGACAUGAAUGUAAUAAAGAAAUUAUGAAAUUCUUCAAAGCCACUCUGAACAAUAUUAUGACACUGUGUCGCCUCCAAACCUGGACUCCAUAAUAGUUCAUCAGUACCACUGAGGACAUUUUUCUGGGAAUUACCAACUUUCUGGAUGUGGAGUAUCCCACUUUUUAAUGUCGGUCAUUGUCAUGUUGAUGUGGUAUGUUGGACUACCGGCAACCCAUAUUAAAAGAAAUGCGAACCAUGGUUAGUGCUCGCAUAUGCAGUCACGUGUUAGUGGUUGGCAUUAGCGUGUGUGGUCACAUUAACUGCGGUUCGCAUGUACAUAUGAUUAUACAGAUAUUUUUUAAAUGGUUUGCAUAAUGAAACAUGAUUUUUAUAAUUGAUUGAACAAUAAAAUGUGUUAAUUUUGGAAAAUGUCAAAUUUAUUUAUCAAAAUCAAAUUUUUAGGUCAUGCUAACCACAGUUUAAUUUUUAUAUUGUGCAAAAAAUAAUUUAAGUAUGUUUUGUUUUUAGGCUAAACACUGUUGAUACUAACUAUUGACAUUAGCUCUGAGCCUACACAUUACAGAGCACAUUUUAUUUAUUUAUUUUUUUUAACAUAAUGAAACCAAUUUUUUAAUUUAUCACAAAACAAUACACAUAUACAACAAUUGUGAAGACAAAAUGGUAAUUGUUAGCAUAUGGUAGCACGACAGCGUGUAGGCUAAUCACAGCCGAUGGUAACAGUUAGCAUCAGCUGUGAUUAGCCUAUAUAUCUGCUUAUAAAGCAUAUAUGUUUGAAUCAAUUUAUGCAUAAUGAAGCCAUAUUUGUUUCUAUUCGAUUGGAUGUCACAAACAGACAUAUUCAUGAUGAAGGCAUACAAAUUUUUGUUGUUGCAGUAAUAAUCACUUUUUAUUCUUUUACUUGACAUGCAAUUUAAGCUCAUUGUCAGGUUAGCAUAUGGUACCAUUAAGAUGUAUACCUAUGCUAAUUGUCAGCAGUAACUGGGUGUCACAUACUGAGAUGACCCCCGUACCAGAUUUGUAUAUCUGCGCAUGUGCGGACUGAGAGCUGGUUUCAAUUUAUGGAGGAAAAAUAACUCGCCUGUAAACCUAAUUUUGGUCCGCGCACAGAAUAGGUAAACUCGGCACAGCACAAACCCUGUUUUUCACGCAUGCGCAGAUAGCAGUUCUACAAUUCAGCUACGGGGUCAUUUCAGUAUGUGACGUGGGGUUAGCAUAUGGUAGAGCUAGCAUGACAGCAUGUAAGCUAAUCACAGCUGAUGCUAACAGUUAGCAUAAUCUGUGAUUAGCCUAUAUAUCUGUUUAUAAAGCACGCUUUUUUUUUUGCAUAAUGAUGCCAGAUUUUUAAAAUUUGUUUUUAAUUGAUUCAUGAUGAAGAUGUACAAAAAGAUUUUUUUUUUUUUUUAGCUUAACCCGACUGAAGCUUGGCAUCAGUAGUAACAGGUUAGCAUAUGGUAGCAUUAACAUGAAAGCAUAUGCUAACUGCGAUUAGCAUUUCCUUUAACACCACAGUAGUCAAACACCCCUUGUCAGUGAAACAUUGUGCAGUAUAAUUAGCAGUAUGCUCCACAUCUGGAAUUAUGAUCAUUCCUGGGAAAAAUUCAUUACUGCAGUAAACAAAAAAAGGUGUAUCUAUUUAUUCCUAUCUGAGAAAACCUAAGUAACAACCACCUUCUCUAUUUUGAGAAUCAAGUGGUUUUAAUUUUUUUUAAAGAGUAGAAUGGUGAGAAAUUUAAAACUCUCAUUACUUUGACCAUUAUAUUGGCUUUGUAUCAAAAAUAAGGUCACUCGAAGAGAAGCUAAUAUUUUCUAUCAGACCGAAGUACAGCAUUAUGAUUUUAAAUGGGAUCUGAUCCAGAGUUAAUGGAUCACUUUUGGAAAAGUGCUGGCUUUUUUUUUUGUUGUUGUUUGUUUGUUUUAGAUGUGAUGUUCUGAAAAAUCGAGUGCUUGCUGUAUAACGCCACACUGUUGUGUUCUAUCGCACACGUAGAACCGCCUUAAUCACACAGAUUCUUAUUUAUUGGUUGUUUAUAAUGUCCCUUUUUUGUGGGUAAGAUGGGGGAUGGUCUUUGUGAAAGGGGUUUUGAGGAUCAAUAAAGAUGGCCUGGAUAGAAAUGUG